AUGCGCUUGCUGCGGGCCACCCUGGCCAUCGCCUGGAAAGACGUGCGCCUCGAACUGCGGUCGCGGGACGUGGUCAUCUCCGCUCUGGUAUUCGGGCUCAUCGUGGUGGUGGUGUUCAACUUCGGCCUGAACCGUGCUCCCGGCAGCCUCGCCCCCGUCGCUCCCGGCCUGCUCUGGGUGGCCUACGCUUUCAUCGGCGUGCUGGCGAUGAACCGGGCGUUCGCCCGCGAGCUGGAACAUGGCGGACUGGACGGACUGCUGGUUGCGCCCGUCAGCCGCGACGCCGUCUUUCUGGGCAAAACGCUGGGCAGCCUCAUCUUUAUGCUGGUAAUUCAGUUGGUGUUGCUGCCGGUCUUUGCGGUAAUGCUGGGCCUGCCGACUCUGUCCCCGGUACUGGGAUUAAUCAUCCUCCUGGCCACACUGGGUUUCGCUACCGUCGGCACGUUUUUCUCAGCCAUCGCCGCCCAAACCCGUUCACGGGAGAUUCUACUCCCGGUGCUGUUUUUCCCAGUCGUGGUACCCGUCAUCAUCGGUGCCGUGGAAGCCUCCGCGCUGGCGUUGCAAGGCGGGCCGACCCUGGCAAUAUGGACCCGCUGGAUACCGUUGCUGGUGGUAUUCGACGCCCUCUUUUUGGUAAUAUGUUCGUGGAUAUUUGGUUUUGUUUUCGAGGGAUAA